GCAAAACGCGAGGCUCCAGCUAUCGGCAUCGAUCUUGGAACUACUUACUCAUGCGUUGGGGUUUGGCAACACGAUCGCGUAGAGAUCAUAGCCAAUGAUCAAGGCAACAGAACAACACCGUCCUAUGUUGCUUUCACUAAUGAAUGCCGGUUGAUCGGUGAUGCUGCCAAGAACCAAGUCACCACCAAUCCAAUCAACACUAUUUUUGAUGCAAAGCGAUUAAUAGGAAGAAGAUUUAGUGAUGCGUGUGUUAAGAGUGAUAUGAAAUUAUGGCCCUUUAAGAUUCGUGGUGUGGGUGACAGGCCUAUGAUUAUGGUCAACUACAAAAAUGAAAAGAAGGAAUUUGCCCCUGAACAAAUAUCUUCAAUGGUCCUUAGUAAGAUGCGUGAAAUUGCAGAGGCCUACCUUGGACAUGCAGUAAAGAAUGUCGUUAUAACAGUCCCCGCAUACUUUAAUAACUUUCAGCGACAAGCGACAAAAGAUGCUGGUGUGAUAGCAGGCAUGAAUGUGAUGCGCGUCCUUAAUGAGCCAACAUCCGCAGCUAUUGCAUACGGUCUUGACAAAAGGGCCACAAACAUUGGUGGUAAUAAUGUCCUCAUUUUUGAUCUUGGGGGUGGUACCUUCGAUGUUUCCCUCCUUCAAAUUGAAGAUGAGAUUUUUAAGGUGAAAGCUACUGCAGGAGAUACACACCUCGGGGGUGAAGAUUUUGAUAAUAGAAUGGUGAACCACUUUAGGCAAGAAUUUGAGAAGAAACACAAGAAAGACAUCAGCAAUGACCCCAAAGCACUAAGAAGAAUGAAAACAUCUUGUGAGCGAGCAAAGAGGACUCUUUCUUCGACUGCUGAAACCACCAUUGAAAUAGAUUCUUUAUUCGAGGGUAUCGAUUUCCACUCUAAAAUAACAAGAGCAAAAUUUGAAGAGCUUAACAUGGAUCUCUUUAGAAAAUGCAUGAAGACCGUGGAGGAUUGUGUAGGGGAUGCUAAAAUGGAUAUAAAUAGUAUUCAAGAUAUUGUUCUUGUUGGUGGAUCUAGUAGAAUUCCCAAGAUACAACAGCUAUUGCAAGAUUUCUUUAAUGGUAAGGAGCUUUGCAAAAGUAUCAAUCCUGAUGAAUCAGUUGCAUAUGGCGCUGCGGUACAAGCUGCAGUUUUGCAGGGUGACAUUGAGAAGGUGCAAGACUUGCUCUUGUUGGAUGUAACUCCCAUGUCCAUUGGUUUGGAGACUCACACAGAUGCAUUUGAGGUUUUCAUCCCAAAAAACACUACCAUUCCCACUAAGAAAACUAAAUUCGCCACAACUAUCGUAAAUAACCAAUCUGGUUUGAUAGUUCCUGUGUAUGAGGGCGAAGAAACAAUAGCCAAAAAAAAUAAAUUGCUGGGUGAGUUUGUGCUCAAUGGUAUUCCUCGUGGUGUAAAAGGUAAACCUCAAAUUAUUAUUUGUUUUGAGAUCGAUGCCAAUGGAAUUUUGAUUGUAUCCGCUGAGGAAAAACGGCUCCAAAUCAAGAACACGAUCACCAUUUCGAAUUACAGAGGUGUGUUAUCUAACGUGGAAAUCGAGAAGAUGAUCAAGAUAGAAGAAAAGUACAAGUUAGAGGAGGAUGAAUAUAACAAGAAGGGAUUUAGCUCUUCUGCCCUACGUAGGUUGUGA